CUGUGCAGUGAACGUAUAAAAAAAACGUCAAAAUGCCAGAGUUAAUAGAACAAAUGUAUUGUUCUCAGCAGAUUGUGAUUCCGCCGAAAUUUCCAUACAUUUUAAAAAGGUAUUGUAAAGCGGCCAUAAAAACGCAACCGCACGAUCUCUUGCGCUGGUCCUUCGAGUAUUUCACAGCAUUGGCUGAGAAGCGACCGCCGCCCGUAAAGUUGAGGUUGGAAUACCCUGUGUAUAGUACUGAAGGGGGGUUGAGUAGGGGGUGCUUGAAGGUCCUCGCCUGCCAGCUAAGCCCUUCCACAACCCUUCCUCUAAAGCAAGUAAAACGUGCUUGGCGAGGUUUUUGCCUUGACCAGAUCGAGCUGAAGAGGAUAUUCUGUCUCUGUGAGGUCUACAUGAGGGAGGAGGUGGUCCCGUUCUUGCAUUUUAUAGCGGUGGCUGGCGGGCUUUUGACUAAGUCGCUAACACACACAAUGAUACUACUCUGCGAGACGCUAACCAAAGAGCCUGAUGGUGGAUCAGCAGCUAUACCGGUGCAGGAUUUUCUGAUGAUGUACAGGUUUCUGGCUGAAAUGGAUGCGUCCAAGGAUGUUAAAUAUAUGGAUGGGUAUCGCGAAGGUGAUUCAUCGAAACAAGAACAGAGUAUUGAAGAAGAGGAAGAAAUAACUGAAGACGAUAACGCAGCUCAGGAUGAGAUACGAUCCGACGAUUUUUGGCAAGAUAGCAGCAACCUGCAGAAACUAAACCUAAUAGAUGAUCAUUUGCCUCGAUCGUCGAGGUUGAGUGAGAAAUUGAAUAUGCCUGUUAUUGGCAAGAUAAAACGAUCUCCGUCCAUUGAGAGAGCGGGACAGAUAGAGCGGGAAAACUAUAUGAGAGAGAGGAAAGGAAGAGCUGAACCAAGCGAAGAUGUUGAAAAAAAACUACGCGAACUGAGCGGUUCGAAAAUUGGCCUCCAAGAAUCAAAAAAGGAUGAUAAAAAAGAAGAGAUGGAAAAAAAGAAAGAAGGAGUGGACAUUAUUGUGACGGAUGAGAAUUACGUGCAAAUACCAUACGAAAUAUACGGAGAACCAAAAACAGAAGAAGUUGUACUAAUUGAAAGUAAUUUGGAAGAAGAAGAAACAAAAGAAGAUUCGGUUGAUGAGACGAUUGAAAUAGCAGCUUUUGUGAAUGAAUGUUGCCAAGAUCGGGAAGAGCGUCGUGAGGAUUUAGCAAGGACUUUUGAAGAAAUAGCCGAUAUUGUGGAUAGAUUUAAAUCGGCUAAUUAUGAUCUGGGCAUGGUGGCCGGCCGUCAAAUGUCGACAACAAGCGGAGAAUUUAUCGUACAGCACAUUGAGAAAGAUAUCAUGGACUAUAUAAAUGAACAAAUUGCUAUACUACCAGACCCGGACUUGAAGAAGAAAAAGGCGAAACCAGAAGAAGUGGCCAUGAUUCGUGACAUCUUAGAAACUUUCCUCGAUGAAAACAUGGACGUGAUCGCUCCAGAGGUAGAAGAGGCGGAGGCUGAAGAACAGCCUAUACCUGAGAUAACAGUGGUAUAUGCAGUGCCUGGAAUAGGGCCACCAGUCGAGCCAGACAUAAUUGAUGACUUUGAGAAUUACAUCCUUGAAGUUUCCAAAGUCCAAGGUGAUGUUGUGAUGCCGAGGAAUAUAAGGCAUUUCAUGUGUCCACCGCUGGAGAAAUAUGAAGAAUAUAAAUACGAAGAUUCAGCAUCAAAGAAGGAAGAGGUGCCGAUGACAGGCGUCAUUACGGAUUGAAUGUGACAGAUUUUUAUAAAAGUUAAAAUGCACUAACAAAAAUUUAUCUCUAUCUCUCACUUUUGUUAAUAUGUUUGUAAAAUAAACUUUAAAAACUCAAUUUGUUACGUUUUAUUUUAUUUGGAUAUCUAUUCGGUACUUUAAACGUAAAGUUCAGUAAGUGUUUAGAAAAUGUCUCAAUGUGUUUUAUAUGACUGUGGUCUAUGGCGUAGCACCCUUUUUGUAAUAUGUAAUUAUAAUUGUUAAAAUAAAGUCACAAAAUAAUU